CAUUUGCACCGGUACCGGUAGACGUACGCGAAAUAUAUAGGUAUGCUUUACCUACAUAAAGAGAGAUGCUUCGAAAGUGGGGACUUCGAGAAGACCGAGCUCUUCAGUCGUCAAGAAAAUACCGUACGAAAAGCAACGGAAACGAAUUCAACAAGGACAAAAAGAAGGUCAUUCCUGACAAACGAUACAUAUAAUGACCUUCGCAAUUUUUUCCUGCCCCCUCCUGUGCUGCUUGGCAGUCGGGGGUCUAAUUGUCGGAGGUAUUUUGCUGCUGUUGCUUAUCGGACUGCGAAUCUUCGCUCGUCUGACGCUGGGCACUUGCAAAAGUAAGGCGAAAAUGGAGGGAAAAGUAGUGAUAGUUACCGGAUGUACGUCCGGCAUCGGAAAAGAAACCGCGAGGGACCUGGCGAAAAGAGGAGCGAAGCUUAUCAUGGCUUGUAGAAACGUGGACAACGCUAACGCAGUCAAAGACGAGCUCGUUAAAUCUACUGGCAACAACAAAAUCGUGGUGAGGAAAUUGGACCUAUCGUCAUUGAAAUCGAUAAGGGAAUUCGCCAAGCAGAUCAACAGGGAAGAAUCGAGACUCGACGUCCUCAUUCAUAACGCUGGGACCGCCGAAACCUUUAAGAAAACCGUCACGGAAGAUGGACUGGAAAUGACCAUGGCCACCAAUCACUACGGGCCGUUCCUCCUGACUCAUUUGCUGAUCGAUCUUCUGAAGAGAUCGGCGCCGAGUAGGAUCGUCGUCGUUGCCUCGGAACUCUAUCGGCUCUCCUUUUUGAACCUGAACAAUCCGAAUCCGACGACGACGUUGCCCGCGUAUUUGUACUACGUUUCGAAGUACGCCAACAUAGUUUUCACCCUGGAAUUGGCGCGCAGACUCCAGGGGACCGGAGUGACCGCGAAUUGUCUUCAUCCCGGAAUGAUCGAUAGCGGAAUCUGGAGGAACGUGCCGGCUCCGCUUUCCUGGGUGUUGAAUUUGGUGAUCAAAGGAUUUUUCAAGACACCCGAACAAGGGGCGCAAACUACCAUUCAUCUGGCUGUUUCGGACGAAGUCAACGGCGUCACUGGAAAAUACUUUCUCGAUUGUCACGAAUUUCGACUCUCUCAAGGCGCAAAGGACGAGGCGAAGGGAAAGAAACUGUGGGAACUGAGCGAGGGAUUCGUGAAAUUGGAAUCGUCCGAUCCGAAGAUAUGAAUGAAUCAAAAUAAUUGUGACUAAACUUAAAAAGAAAAAAGAAACGUUGUAAAAAAAAUACAGGCAACAUUUUUAAAAAUC